GGAAAAACCAAAAUGGCAUCCAAUUGGGAAAGUGUUGAUCUUGGGAGUCUUUUAAUGCCAGACAACGCUGUUAUUCAGCAAGUAAAAGUUAAAUGACAUUGCAUAGAGGUCUACCAUUUUUGAACAGAAGUCGCCUAAGUUUCACUGGAUCGGCAUGCUUCCAAAACAACCCUACCCAUCCUCUGCCCUUGAAAAUUUGGAUAAGCUGCUAUACCUGUGCAGGAAACCGACCUUGUGGCUUUUCAAUGAACUAGUUUGUUCCCUGAUUGUGAUUUUCUAUCAUGAAAAAUCGUACUGGAAAGUCUUCCGCAGGAGUACUUUGUACUGUUUCGUUUGUCCUUUAGUGUACAUUGUUGUCCUCUUUGCUAUAUUUCCACUGUUUAUAUUUGGCUUUGUCUGUGGACAUGUUGUACAACAUUUUCGCCAGCCAUAUCUAUACAUUGAAAACAAAACAAAGACAUUUAGGAGCAAUGGAUUAUAUUCGUUUGCAACAGCCAAUCUCUGCCUGGGACCGGAAUUUGUCGGUGUCACAAAUAAUUUGCCACAUACGGCCGAGCGGGCAAAAUUCAUGGGGGAAAAUUUGGCAAAGCAGCAGGCGUCCUGCUGGCUGUAUGACACUGAAAAUCACUGCCAUGUAAAGCAUGUACUCACAAACUCUGAAAGUGGGCAAAAUUGUGAACAAAAUAUGAAUGGAAUUUCACUGGAAAGUGAUGUGUAUGGUGUAUGUACCUCUUUCCCGCCAUUGGAUCUCAUCUGCUUUCAAGAAAUCCUGGAUAAGGAGAAUUCCGAGGUCUUCAGCAAGGAAAUACACAAACACUUCCCCUAUAUUGUUUAUGACGUGCGGUAUGACGGCUGGAAAAGCAAUCAUUUCGUCUUAAACAGUGGCCUUGGAAUUGCGAGUGUUCACCCCAUCAUUGAUGUGGACUUCAAAGUGUUUGAGAAAAAGAUCAAAUUUUGUGCCUACACAUGUAAAGGACUUCUGAUGUGUAAGGUUCUGCUUGAUGAAGUCGACAACAAAAGACAAGUUGGCUAUGUUUAUACCAGUCACCUUCAGGCAUAUCAAGGAGACAGUCCAGUCAUUCAGCAGCAACUUAGUCAAAUUGAACGUUGCACGGCUGAGUUCCGGGAGCAAACAUUCCGCGAUGAUGAGAUGGUCAUGUUUGAUGUAAUUUGCGGAGAUUUCAAUCUUGACAAUAUGUCUCCAGCUGACUCUGAAGAGGCCAACCAUCCUCUUUUCAUGAAAUACCAUGAUUUUGUGCGAGUCCGUCCAGGAAAAGAUCAUGAUUGGGCUGUUGGUACAGAGAGGAGACAAAGAGUCAUCCAUAACCCUGAGGUUCAAACUGCCAGUGGAUUAGCCAAGUCUCUAAAGGACCCCUACUAUCGUCAGCUGCACGUCCUCGAUGCCAACGUCCAAGAACACAGCGUCAAUCUCAUGACAGUCAUGCCGGAGGUUGAUGAGCAUGGCAACAUGGUACUCCUACCUGAAGGCGGUAAACGUCGGAUCGAUUAUGUCCUUCAUAAUCUCGAGGAGAAUUUGUCUGUGAAGGCUUAUCAGUUUGUUACUCAGUUUGCUAGUCAGACUGACCACAUUCCUGUUAGUGUCACUCUUAAAUCUUAAAGGCUUAUCAUUUUGUUGCUCAGUUUUGCUCUUGUAUUCACUUGCAAUUAUAGUGGAAUCUCGCUUAGUGGGCCCAUCUGAUAAGGAUACCCUGCCUUGAUUAUGUAUUCUUAGUGUAGAUAAUCCAAGAGAAUUAGGGCAUUUCAACAUUUUGCAAUUGUAUGUUUCUACUCUGAUCUUGGUAUACGGAGAGAAUAAUAUGCAUUUUCUUUACUGUUCUUUACUAGUGUCACAAUAGAUAUAUUUCUUAUAUCAAGCUUACUUUUUAUAUAAAUUAUACGGCUGUUCUGUCAACAUUGCUUAUGUCAUAGACAAUCUUAUCCAGUAGUAUUUUUUUCACAUUUUCUAGCAUUUCAUACUUGUUGGUUCUGAAAGACCAGUGUAUUUCUUACGUAUGAUGUAGUAAAGACAUUUAUAAAAGUUGCCGGGGAGAAAAUACCAUCAGAUUGAGUAUGUCCAAUGAAGUCCAAGGAGAAAGAGCUAACAAGCUAUUGGCUGGGUCUCUUUCAGCAUUUAUUAUUGUGAGUUGCAUGCUAGAUACAGAAUGUUUCAAUAAUGUCCUGUCUCAUCCACCAAUCAUUGAACUUAUUCCAUUGACAACAUUCUGUGAAGUUUUUGGAUAUUUGCAAAUGAGUAAUGAGAGAUUAUGAUAGAUUGUAUCACUUUUCAUUUGAAGAUGAACAAUAAAACAUUGAUAUAAUGUAUGUCAUUACAUCAAAAUAAACACUGUUUUUAUCA